AAACCGUCUAAGGUAUGUUAAAUAGAUUAAUAAAAAUAUUAAUAUAAAACUUACAGCUACUUGUUACAAAUCCAAAUCAGAUUCAGAAGAUGAACUUUCAGAACCAAGAUUUAUAAUAACUGGCUCGAUCAUUUUAUCAGUAAUAUUGUCCAUCUUUCACAUUUUUUCCUCUUCUUUAAUAGUGUGAUUUACUGCCUUUUCCCAGUUUUCAGGUUUUACAUUAUUUACGGCCUCCAAAAACAACUGUUUAACAUCAUGAAUUUUAAACUCGAAAAGAAAGUUGGCGACUACGUCGCUGCCGAUGAAGUGGUUAUGGAAAUCGAAACCGACAAAACCGCCAUGCCCGUUCACUCACCUGCUGCAGGUGUGAUAGCAGAAAUUCUAGUCAAUGACGGCGAUACGGUGAAACCAGGGCAAGACUUAUUCAAAUUAACCGUUGGUGAAGGAGCACCACCACCAGCAGCUGCCAAACCUGCUGCGGCCGCUGAAGCUCCUAAGCCUGCCGCCGCUCCCGUUGUAGCCCCACCAGUUGCUCCACCUCCACCAUCAGCACCACCUGCAGCUGCUCCCCCAAAACCUGCAGCUGCUCCUCCUAAACCAGCGGCUCCUAUGACGUCAAUACCUGUCGCCGCCAUUCGUCAUGCGCAAUCCUUGGAAGCGGCAACAGUUAAGUUACCACCAGCAGAUCCUACCAAAGAAAUUUCUGGCACGCGCACCGAACAUAGAGUUAAGAUGAACAGAAUGAGGCUAAAGAUUGCCCAACGGCUUAAGGAGGCUCAAAACACGAAUGCUAUGUUAACUACUUUCAACGAGAUUGACAUGACGAAUAUCAUGGCUUUCCGCAAAGAAAACCAAGAGGCUUUCCAAAAGAAAUAUAAUGUCAAAUUAAGUUUUAUGUCGGCCUUUUUAAAAGCUUCAGCAUAUGCUUUACAAGAUCAACCCAUUGUAAACGCUGUGAUAGAUGGAACCGAUAUCUUAUAUAGAGACUACGUAGACAUUUCAGUUGCUGUCGCCACACCGAAAGGCCUCGUUGUACCUGUUGUGAGAAACGUAGAAAGAAUGACGUAUGCCGAUAUUGAAUUGGGCAUCGCUGCUUUGGCUGAUAAAGCUAGAAAAGGUCAAUUGGCUGUUGAAGAUAUGGAUGGCGGCACUUUUACUGUAAGCAAUGGAGGCGUAUUUGGUUCUCUUUACGGAACUCCAAUCAUUAAUCCACCCCAAUCUGCUAUCUUAGGAAUGCAUGGAAUAUUCGAUAGACCAAUUGCUAUAAAAGGACAAGCUGUUGUGAGGCCGAUGAUGUACAUAGCCUUAACUUACGACCAUAGAAUCAUUGACGGACGUGAAGCAGUGCUAUUCUUAAGAAAAAUCAAGCAAGCUGUGGAGAAUCCAGCUACCAUAGUCGCUGGUCUUUAAACUGCCGUUAAGAGUAAUAAAUAUCACUUUAAUUUUAUUUUUCAUUGUACGGUUAACGUAUUUUUAUUUAUAUUCAUACUAAUUGGAUAUCAGUCGUCGUAAACUUUUUAUUACUUAAUAAUUAUUAAAGUAUUAUUGUCAAAUAUUUUAUUAGAAAUGACUACAGGUUAACGAUAUCAUACAUUGUAAAUUAUACCGAGUAUAAAUAUAUACCCAUAAGUUGUACACGCAACUUCUUUUUUGUGUAAUAUACAUGUGCAAAUUUUGAAAAGUGUAUUUACAUUCGAUAUUACUAGGCUUUGCCUAUUUCACUUAAUUGUUAUUUAUUAAUUAAAUAAUUAAAUUC